CAAACCUCAAAUGUCUAGCACUUACUGAGCUCGUAUACGGAAUACCCAGUCACUACUGUGGUGCCAUCCCACGUUCUGGGCAUGCUCAGAUCUACUAGUAGUGAGCAAAAGAUGGUGAAGAGCGAGGAAAGGUGAAAAUGAAACGGAAAAGCGAGGAUAUCAGUAUCUGAACCAUGGGGACUACCAACAGAUACUCUAGUGUACACAGCCAAAAUGAUAAUGUUGGCCUAAGAAACACGGCAUCUAAUUCCUAGAUAAGUAAGUCCAAAGGCGGUGAGGGGACUGCGUCAGCCAAGUCUGCGCCUAUCCCGAUCAAGGAAAGCCAGAAAGUCUCGGAAGAGCCUCGGACGUCUCUUCAGUUCAGCUUCAACACCUCUCAGUCUUCUCGACCCAGUUCGCAAUUCAACCAUCGACAAUCCUUGCCGUAUUCAUUCCCUGUUCUCUCCUCUUAAAUUUCCCUCCAUAUCCCCUUUAAACAUGGAGGUUGCCAGUCUUCAACCGUCAAACUCAGCGGACUUCACAUCCAACGCGAUGGAUACCUCCAUGGAUAUCGAUAUGGAUAUUGAUCUCGGUCCUUUACCAGAGACAGAGACGAAUGAUGUCGAACCUAUCGCUACGGAAACCACCACGGCAGCCGCUCAGAACAGCACGGUAGACCCUGUCGCCAGUGAACUACAGUGUGAGAAGGUUCAUAUCAGAGGCGUGGAUGAAUUGACUACAGACGAUAUCAGAAAAUUUGCCGUGGACCACUUCACACUUGAGCCACCUACGCGCGUCGAAUGGAUUGAUGAUACUUCCGCGAACAUUAUUUAUUCGUCUCCCGAGACUGGGUUGCAGGCUCUAUCUGCUUUCACGCAACCUGGGACAGAAGAGGAUCCGACCUCAUUGCCUGCGAUACGUCUCCGGUCUGCUAAAAUCCUGUCUACGCACCCCGACUCUGUUCUCCAGGUGAGAACGGCCACCAAGGCCGACCGCAAGAAACCACGUGCCUACGAAGCUAGUCGUUUCUAUCUGAUGCAUCCCGAACACGACCCUAGAGAGAAAUUGCGGCGGGAACUCUCAGAAAGACGACGCCAGGGUGCGGCGGGCUUGAGCGAUGGCGACUAUCGAAGAAGGGGGUUUGAUAAUCGGGAGCACCAACGACGAAGGGGCCGCGACAGGGAGCAAGGGUUCAGUGCUGAUAUGUACGACGAGAAGCAGGCAAUGGAUUAUUCCGAUUCAGAGGGCGGCCGGGACAAGUUGAACCGAGGGGACUUGUUCGUGGACGAUCAAGGUCGCUCUACCGGUCGUCUUCGGAAUCGCAGUGCAUCUCCUGGCCGGGAUACCCUGGAUGAUGUAGGUCGCGUGGAGUGGGACAGCCGGGAGUCGCGUCGACGUUUCCGUGAACGAUCACCCCGACUUGAGCGUCGGAAUGAAGGCAAAGAACUCUUCCCGUCCAAGAAUGACAGCAGUGAAGGUGACAAAAACGCGCGCGAGCUAUUCCCUAAUAAAACGACCGAUAGCUAUCUCAAAAAGGAACUUUUGCCCAGCAAGAACAGCAGCCACCGUCGGUCUGACGCGUUCGACGCGGCCGACGAGACGGCAGAUCUCCUAGGAAGAAGGAUCUCCGUUCCUUUCGUCGACGGGGCUCGUGACGCAAGUCAUCGGCGGAAUGGAAACGUCGAACUUUUCCCGGAGUCAUCGAAUGGAAACGGUGUCACUACCCGUGGGACAGCGAUACAGGACCAAGGUCUCUCGAUUCGCGGGGCAGCGAAUGGCAUAUCGAUCAAGGGAAGAGGAGCUUCAGUGCGAGAAUUGUUUCCAUCCAAAUACAACGUGAAUGCCGGCAAAGAGCUAUUCUCGGACAAGCUGGAAGGAAGAGGAGGUCGACGACGGAAGGCGGAGGAUAUGUUUAACUGAGGUGUUUAAGGGGUUGUCUUUGGGGUUCAUUUCAUUUUAUCAAAAUGGACGCCAUGGGAUGAGAUCCACGAUUUCAUUGUCUUAGCAGUGGGAUACUUUGAAUACCAUAGGCUACUUAAUUUACAAGUGUGACCUGACCGUCACUAGCAUAUUCUACCUGGCAAUAACUCCCAGAUAGAUCGAUGAGUAAGCCAUAGAGGAGAAGAGGGAUGGGCAAGGAAGAGAGCCCUUUGACCAUAUUCAGAUACUCCGACCAAGGUUACAAUGGAAAGGGAUGCAUGACAGAAUCCGAUGCAGGCCAUGCCCACUGCAUAGUACCUAUUGUUU